UUUUUGACAAUUCUAGGUUAAGAGGUUGUAUUGUAUAACAAAAAACGAUUGAAUUAUUUUUAUUUUAAUAACAAAGUAAUAUUUUAUGUAAAUUCUUUUCUAAUAAAUAAUGGCAAGCAGUGUCAAAGGAGUAGGACUUUUCAAGAGAGCCUGGCAUGAAAUACCUGAGAUUGUAGGUAGUAGUUUUAUGGGGUUGAUAGGAAUUGGAUGUGCAAUUGCAGGAGUUUACAACUACAACAAAAGACACGGCAAUGUCCGCAAGUACAAGACUCGUUACACAGUCAUUAGAUCCGAUGAUCCCGAUAUAGAAAUAAUCAAAGCCAAAAAAGAAGGCCGACUGUAACUUAGCAAUGCGAAACAUCAAUUAUCCAUCAACCAAUUGUAAAUGCAGUUAUGUUUGUAUUUGCAACGUAUAUUUUCUUUGUAUCUGGGAAAUCAUCUUGAAUUUUAAAUUCAAUGAAUUGUAGGUUUUAUUAGCAGUAAUAAAUAAUUUUACUAUUGUA